UCUCGUUUCUUGGGGCAUAAUGGAACAAGGUCAAUUCUGGAUGUGGACGAAGAGGAAGUACUCUUUGAGCUCUUGUAAUCUCAUCACUUCAUCAUCAACAAAACCCUCUUCUUCUUAUGAUGAUUCGUCAUGGGAAGAGCAAGCUUUCGCGGAGGAUGCUUCUGGGCCUCUUGGUGGAUGCAUAUGGCCACCCAGAUCAUACACUUGCAGUUUCUGCAGAAGAGAGUUCAGAUCAGCACAAGCUCUAGGAGGCCACAUGAAUGUUCAUAGAAGGGAUAGAGCCAGACUGAAGCAACCCUCAAGCCCCCAAAACAAUGAACUUCACACAAUUCCAAAUACUUCUUCUUCACUUAUGGGUUUCUUAUAUCCGUAUAAUAAUAAUUGUUCUCCUACCAACAACCCUAAUUCUGUUCUUGUUGCUUCACCUUCUAAUAAGGCUUUAGUAGCUCCAUCGUCAAACACUGAGGAAACCAUAAUGGUUCCAGCUUACAAUUCUUCUUCUAUUAUUCCCCCCACGGACAUAAGGUGGCUUCUAAUUAUUCUCCUCUCUAUUCUUCUUCUAAAUCGAACCGCUCAAACUUCGCUGAAGCUGAAGCUGAGAAGAUCACAGAGGUAUUGGAUUGCAGGUGCGAGGAUAGUGGAAAAUCUGAUUGGCUUCUAG